AUGACUGGUGUGGUGCAGUUCCACGAGGACGGGGCCUAUUCAGUGCAGCUCGACGAGGGAUCUGUGGUGAAGGUGGUGCCAGAGCAGCUCUCCCCAGUGACAGAGGAACAGGCCGCCUUGCCACCAUUGUCCUUAGCCUUGCCUGUGCAGGAGGAUCUCCCCGACCGCACCUCGCGGAACACUGGCCCCAGUGUUACGGGACGGAACUCCGAGCUUGAUACUUUGCAAAGCUUGCACAUCAACGCAGGACCGCAGCUGUGGCCUUUCGCGAAGGAGACCAGUGAAAAGCUGCAUGUGGAAGAGAAGGAACACGACAGGUCGACCAUGAGCUCCAGAAUCAUCGCUUGCUUUCUACUUCCGGCCCUUGGAAGCGACCUUUCGCCUGGUGGCAGCUGUCGCGUGCGCCGCGCACGGCACGUCCUGCGCACAGCGGAAGGAGAUCAGCUGCUGGCGUUGCGGGAAGAGACGGAUGCCACGGGGAAGUGGUCUGGAAACAAGGUCUGGCCGGGAGCGUUGGCUUUGCUGGGACAUGUCUACGAACACUAUGAGUUGAAGGGCCUGAAGGUUCUGGAGCUGGGCUGUGGGCUUCCCUUCCUCUCCAUGGCACUGGGGAGCCUCGGUGCCGAGGUGUGUGCUACCGACCAUCCGGAGGUCUUGGACCAGGUGAGAACGGUGGCCACAGAUGGCCGCAUGGAGGGCCUCUCAGACCGGGCGAAGCGCCAUGUCCGCUUUGAGGCGUUCGCCUGGGGUGAAGGCCCCGCGCCCUGUGCGGCACAGCUCGUCCUCGGCGCCGACCUGGUCUAUGAUGGCUUUCCUGUGGACGCCUUGUUCGAGAGCACCACCCAGCUGCUGAACCACAGCGGAGAUGGUCGAGCUCGUGCCCUCGCAGCGGUCUUCGCGCUGCAACCACGGCAGUUCCCGAUGACCGCUGCAUUGCGCGAGCCACAGCUGAUCGCUGGUUUCUUGCGGCGCUUCGCACAGCUUGGCUUCCAGGUGGCCGUGACCCCCGUCACAGACGAGGCCUUGGGCGUGGCUGAGCAACCGGAGACCUGCGGUGGUGCUCGGAGUAGCCAAGGCCUCGUCCUCGCCACCAUCAGCUCCGCCGAUGCUUUGCCGCUGCCGGCGCCGAGCUCGGCGGUACGGGUGAGCUAUUGCAGACUGGACUGGACAUGCUUCGGGGGCUCGUUGAUGGGCCGGCUCUUGCUGAGUUACAGCCAACAGGUGACGAAACGGCCUCGGCGGUUGAUGUUCUUCUACGCCCUUGUGGUGGCAGUGCCAGUGAUUGUCGGCAUCAUCUUCCGGGGCUUUGAUUUGGAAACCAACUUCAACGCCUUCAUCAAAGCGGAUGGUGCUGCCAUGCGAGAUCGCGAGGCCUUUGAGUUGGCCCUCUCCGAGAAGAAGGAUCUCAGUGCCUCACGGCGCCUCGAGGCGGAAAGCUUACGGCUCUGGGAGGUCAAUGGAGAUUGGGUGGAAGCAGAGGCUGAUGAGGACGGCAGGCGCUUAGAGCCAGAGCCGGAGAAUUGGACGUCAGCCCCAGGCCGGCGCUUGAAGACACUUUUCCUCAGAAAGGAUUUGCAGCUGCUUUACCGCGCCAAGAACGGGAACAUCAUGGACGAGAAAGCUUUGCAGGACAUUCAGCAAAUCGAGGAGGGCCUGCGCAAUUUGCCACGUUGGCAAGAUUCCUGCCUCAACAAGAUCACCGGGGACGUGAAGCGCUUCUUGUGCGACCCCGGGAUCUCCAUCGUCGCCAUGGCCUUUCCCACACCUACAUCUGCCAGUCAAGGCACGGUCUUUUUGCAGUUCACCUGGGACGGCCUGGGGCGAGACGUGAUCUCCUCCGGCGCGGUGCUGGCGUACAUGAAGACGUCCUCGGAAAGUGGCGACGCUUCGCGCGACAGCAGGCGCUACUUCCCCAAGACCUACCAGUUCCCUGAGAUCGGCACUGACUUCGAGGCAGCGCCCGGUGCCUUGCCGACAGCUGCCAGAACGAAGUUUGAGUUUCACAUGACACUGGGGCAGAACGGCGACCCCAUCAAUCAGGUGAACCAGAACAUCCAGAAGGUGAAGGCGGAGUGGAAUGAGAUGAUCGUGCAAGAGAUGCUGCCCUACUUCAAAGAGGUGCAGAAGCGUGAAAAUCCGCAGGUGGACUUCUACUACGCCAGCGGUGACAUUGAUAGUAUUGAG